GUGUUUGUGUGUGUGUAAAAGUGCAUUAUGUUGUAAUUUUUAAAAACAUAUUAACUUGUUAAAAUUCUAUUUCUCACUCUAGCGUGUGAACACCUCCUCCGACUCACGGGAAAUCUGUUGUGUUACAUUAUCAUAACCACACUCCUUAAGAAAAGAAGAGAGGAGAAGGAAGUGUGGCAAAGCGGAGCUCACAGUUCAUCAUCUCCAGCAGAGAAACGGAAGAAUCAGCACCUCUCUCACACACACAGUCACACAUACACACCCUCCCCGACCAAUCCAGUCUCACGCCCAGCAGAGUCCCGCCCUCUCCCAGAUGGGCCUCAGGCAGUGGUGUAUAAAUGCACCUAUCACUGAUUUGGCCUGACACUACCUUACCCCAGCCCUCUCUGGACUACGAUGCUGACAGCGUCUGCUCUGCUGCUGCUCCUGCUUGGCCCUGGCAUCGCCGCCGUGCCCAGCGGACUCUGGGAACACCAGGGAUCCUCUCGCUGUGUGCCCAUCCCCAGCAACAUGGCCCUGUGCCAGGGUCUGGGCUACAGCAGCAUGCGGAUGCCCAACUUGCUGGGACACGAAUCUCCAGCUGAAGCGGUGCAGCAGAGCACCAGCUGGCUGCCGCUCCUCGCCCGAGAGUGCCACCCGCACGCCCGCAUUUUCCUCUGCUCACUCUUCGCCCCUGUGUGCCUCGAAAGGAUCAUUUCUCCAUGCAGGAGUCUGUGUGUUUCGGUCCGGGACAGCUGCGCCCCCAUCAUGAGCUGCUACGGCUACCCCUGGCCUAGAAUACUACAAUGCGACCAGUUUCCCAAAGACCACCUAAUGUGCAUUUCCUCCGUGGCACACAUGCAAAACGGCACCGGCAACGACGGCCGAGGUAAACGCAGACCUUCCUGUUUUUUUUUUUCUUCACGUACGCAUUUUUUUUCUAAACCUGUGCUGGGUGCUCUCUGUCAAACUGAUUUCUGCGGCGGGUUUCAGUGGUGCCGCGAGCGAGCUGCACGGACUGUGAGCUGGAGGAGGCCACGUCGUCCAAAGACCUGCUCGAGCUCUUCUGUAAAAGUGACUUUGGUAAGAAUCUCCCAACACCAUGCUGACAUGCAUGCUGGCUCAAAAACACUUUCAUUGUCUCACAAUAUACAUUUAUUUUUACCUUAUUGUUCAAAGACCCCCAAGCGAUUUAUUUUUCCGAACACAUCGGGACGUUUAACGCCUGAAUAUCACUUGGGUAUGAACAGCAGAAAAUGUAAUAUUCGUCUGGUGUGUGCGAGCCGUAAACUGCAGCGAUUGGUCGAUCGGUCGCUCUCCUUUUAAGGUCAUCGUGCCUGUAAGCGGUGUUUGUGAGCUCAGCGCUGCUUUGAGUGCAGCGUUACCGGGGAAACGGAUGGUUUUUCUGCACCGAAAGCAGCACCUAGCGGCGAAAAGCUAAUUCGCGCUUACAUUCAGACCAACGAAAUCAGCUAACGUCGAAAUGAAACGGCUUGAGGCUCAAGACAACAACUUUAUUGCGAAAGAUCAUUUUUAAAAAUCCGUUUAAAGCUGAAACUCCCUGCUCAGGCGUUUCUCUUUCUCUCUCUCUCUCUGCUAGUGGUUAAAGUGCGUCUAUCUAAGCUGAACUCCAGCAGCUCUGUCCUGACCAUGUUCUCCCUGGGCUCUCGGCUGGAGGUCCUAAAGCACGGCCCGCUGCUGGGAGGGGAAAUGAGGAGUCGUCUGUCACUGUGG